CAGAACAACGAAGCAAAGAGCUCCGGAAAAAAGGUCCUUCACGAACCCAAGGCUUUGCACCUCCUGGAAGAUCUUCACCAUGAGACAGUCACUCAUGUCCGUCAUCUUCGCCGCAGCACUCUUGAUUGAGUGCUAUGCACUGUCAGUAGCGUUACCAAUGGGCAAGACUGAUGACAAUUCCUUGGGGCAAGAUACUUUCGCCUCGCUGUUGAGUGACGAUGCAACUGAAAACGGCCUCAUCGACGCAGAUCUGGCCGCUGGGGGCAAACCCAGGAAACAGAGGGUCAUCGUCAUUGCCGAUCCGAGCCUGUGGAGGGACCUGCGGGUGCUGCACAGCGGAUUGUCCCUCUACAAGCGGAGAGCUGACGACAACAGCCAGGUCAUCGAGCAGAGAGACGCUGGCCAGGACCUGAACAUCCCCAUCCUGAGGAGGGACACAAUGAGGUGCAUGGUGGGACGGGUGUACCGGCCAUGCUGGGAAGUCUAGGACAAUUUUCUCUGCUCGUCCAGACGCCCAAGCAGCGGACGACCACCAUUAUUUUGGGCAGCCUCACGCUGAGUUGCAACAUAAUCCAAAUAUCUAUGUAUUAUAUUUAAAAUUAUUGCAGAUCUGAGAAUUAAAAACCCUGAAUUCUGCCUUAA